CAACUGAGCCUCACUUUACUGGAGGCUCAGUUCCCACCCCGUUGUUCUGACUUAGGGACCCUCACCUGGGGGGAAGGAUAACAAAGGUCCCCGUCUUUCUCUCUGGCAGCUUCCUUGAAAACCAAGAUGAGCCAUACUCCAGUUGAACAGUCCGUGAUGGACUUGAUCGUCCUGUUCCACAAAUACACCAAACCUGAUGACAAGAUUGACAAGCGGGGCCUGCUGAAGAUGCUGAGGGAGAAUUUCCCUAACUUCCUCAACGCUUGUGAAAAAAAGGGCAAAGAUUUCUUGGCCCAUAUCUUUGAGGACGAGGACAAGAAUCACGACAAGAAGAUCGAGUUUUCCGAGUUUCUGUCGGUGUUGGGAGUCAUAGCCACGGACUACCACAAUCACAGCCACGGAGCCCCGCUCUGUUCUGGGGGAGGACACUGAGCCCAGCCCAGCCUGAAACCUCCAAGAAACAAUAAAGUGUGUCUUUUGCCCAGAUA